AUGAUCUGUCCUAAGAGGAAUACUGGAGAACACAAUCAGACGUCUAGGAACAAGGAUGUCAAAGGGUUAAUUGAAAGCCUCAGGGAGGAUCUCACUUGCUCUAUAAGUCUGGGUUACUUCACUGACCCAGAGACUGUCAAAUGUGGCCACACCUUGUGUACACAGUGUCUUCUCCAGUGCAAGGAGGGAGCUGAUGCCACACUGACCUGCCCAGAGGGCAGAGGAGCCAUAAAAUAUGGCCAUUUGAUACCCAGCAAGGGCCUGCAGAAUCUGUCCAUCACUGGCCAAAUGCUCAGACCUCAUUUACUGGUGGCCCUGACUAUCUGUGAUCAGCAUGGGGAAAAAGAGCAGAGACCCCUCUGUGAGUUUUGUUCAUUAACCCCAGAGUGCAAGGAUCAUCACGUUCUUCCCAUGGACAAGGCUGCUGAAAAGUACAAGGACAAACUCCAGGAGCAACGGAGUAUCUUGCAGAGAAAACAAGAGAAAUUUAAAGUUGCACUGACCAAAGUGAAAAGGAGAGGAAUAUCGUAA